CGGGCAACAGCCGUUGAGUUGAGUCCUGAGCGAGCGACAGGCAGGAGCCCGUGAACAGCUCAACUUUUAAUGUAUGCGAGCCGAGUCGGGCCAGUGUGUGUAGCUACGGGCGCACUGUUUUCGUCCGCUUUAUGCAUCCUCCUGCUCGGCUUAGCUUAACAACGGCUCGCUGUUUUCUCACCGGUUCGGUAGCUAAUCUGGUUUUGGCACAAAAAGCGGCUGUGUGUCAGUCUCUUUUAUGUGUCCAGCCCUCCUACGACUCCCAACACAUAACCGGCCUUGACUGAGUGAUUGAGUGAGUGACUGCAUGGACCGGACUGAACAUGAAGAGCCUUAAAGCCAAGUUUAGAAAAACUGAUGUCAACGAGUGGAACAAGAAUGACGAGCGUCUCCUUGCUGCAGUGGAGCAUGGCGAGGUGGAGAAGGUGGCGUCACUUCUCGCCAAGAAAGGCGCCAGUGCUGUAAAACUGGACAGCGAGGGCAAGUCAGCUCUUCAUGUAGCAGCUGCACGCGGUCAGACAGACUGCCUUGCUGUCAUCUUGGCCCACGGAGCUGAUCUGUCAGUCACUGAUGCUGCAGGUUUUAAUCCAUUACACCUGGCUGCCAAAAACAAUCACAUCGAGUGCUGCAAAAAACUCAUUCAGAGUAAAUGUCCUAUCGAUGCUGUAGACAGCUCAGGAAAGACUGCCCUGCAUCACGCUGCUGCCAGCGGGAACAUCCAGACAGUCCAACUGCUGUGUGAACUCAAAUGUCCCAUCAACCUGAAAGAUGCAGAUGGACUCACCUCCUUCCUGCUGUCAGCCAAAAACGGUCACGCUGAAGUUUGUAGCAUUCUGCUGGACUGCGGUGCUGAAAUCAACGCUUCUGACAACAAUGGCAGGACAUCCUUGAUGCUGGCCAGCGAGUCCAACAGAGUGUCUGUUGUUGAACUCUUGGUUCACCGAGGAGCAGAUCUGUCAGCUGUAGAUUCACAAGGCCACGAUGUCGUGUACUACGCCAAGCUGUCAGGCAGCCCAGAUGUCAGAACUGCCCUCACAGCUGCCCUGAACAGACAGCAGAUUUCAGAUACAAAAUCUCCUAGAAGUCCUCAGCAUGAUCAAGUAGCUAAACUAAGUGAUGAAAGGAUCACAACUCCCAAAAAACGAAAAGCACCUCCGCCUCCUAUUAGCCCACUGCAGAGCUCUGGACCCUCCUCUCCUUCACUCAUUACCUCCAUUGGGACCCCUGUAUCUGGCAAAAGUGACACUCCCAAGAGAUUCAACUACAAGGAGGAUGAGGUUAGAGGAACAGCGCUGAGAGAGGAGGUUGAGAAACUCCAUGAGGAGAGAAACAUGUUGCUGGAAACGAUCGAAGACCUGAAGCAGACAGUGGAGCAGACGGUGACUGGUUCUGAGUCGGAUACAAAGGUUGAGCAGAAUUUUACGGCAUCUGCAGCUCUGGUUUCUGCUCUGCAAGCCAAGAUAACUGCUCUUACUUUGGAGAAGCAGCAGCUUGCAAGCAAACUUAAGAAACAAACAUCACUCCAAGGAAACGAGGACCUGAAGGAGACCAGUCGUCCAAACAGCAUGGCCUCCAACUCCUCCUUCCACUCCACCCAGGAUGAGUUUGAGUCACAGCCACAAGUCCCUUCCAUUGCCCGAGUGGAAAGGGAAGAUGGUUCACUAGGUGUUUCUGUCAGAGGGGAGGAGGAAGAGAGUGAGGGGGGAAGAGGAGGGAGCAAAGAGGAGAUCACACUGCUGAGACAGGCACUUGAGAGCGUCCAGAUAAAACUGCUCGAAACCAGGAAGGAAAACCGCUCACUUCACGCUCAGCUGAAACCUGAGACAGACAGAGAAAGAGAGGAGGACGAAGGAGCGAGGGAGAAGGGAAGAGAGGAAGAGUUGAUGGGGAGUCUAGCAGAGCUGCAGGCGAAGCUGACCGACACUCAGGAGAGGUACCACCAAGCUUUGGAGGAAGUGGAGGAGCUGAGAGCACAGAUGGGAAGAGAAGAAGGUGAGCUAAUGGAGAAAGAGGAGGUCCAGAGAUGUAUAUCAUCCACACUUGAACAUGAAGUAAAACAGCUGAAGGCCCAGCUCCUCCAGGUGGGAACUGAGAAAGAAAAAGCAGCUCAACAAAUCAGACUGCUAGAGGAGGCUCUGAGGAGGGCAGAGGAGGAAAGACGGAGCAUAAAGGAGAAAGAACAGAGGACUGCACAGAUUGAGGAGCUGCACAAGGAGGCACAGGAGGAGAUUAGGAUGCUCCAGGAGGCUCUGAGGGGUACAGUACCUGUUGAAGCUGCAGCCAAAGACUUUGAAGAAAUGAAGGCUGAGCUAAAUGAGGUAAUUGCUGGGCUGCAGCGCCGCCUGCUGGAACUCUCACACUCCUACAGUGAAACCAAGAGUCAGCUAAGUGCUGCUCAGAAACAGCUGGCUGAGGCCCAAGCUGAGAGCAGCGCGCCGUCAUCUCCUUCUUCAGAACAACAGCAGCAGCAAGUCCAGGUGCUGAACAGCAGGGUGGAGGAGCUGCAGAGUUUGCUGGCUGACACAGAGAAGAAGUACUCUGCUGCACAGGAGGAGAUCUCGGUGUUGAGGCAGGAGGCAGAAGCUCAGGCACAGAGCUCUGUGGCCCUCGCCGAUCACACACAGGUGAUGUCGUCCCUGGGAAAUGCCAUCAAAGAGUUGGAAAGCCAGACAGAAGCCCUGAAAGAGCAGCUACACCAGAAGACCUUGCAAGUGGAAGCUCUUCAGAACAGAGUGACAGCAGAAAAAGAUGCCACCCCAGAUGAUUCAGUGUCCCGUCUGGAACAUGAGACUGUACGAGAGCAACUGGAGGGUGAGGUGAACCACCUGACGCAGCUCCUCCAGGAGGCCCUUAGGAAGCAGGAUGAGAUGGCUCUGGAGGCUGCGGAUGCCUGGCAAAAGGCACGGGAGAAUCGUGCAGAGAGGGAAGCUCUGCAGGAGCUGGUGAUGUCGAGGGAGAAGGAGAAUCAGACGCUGUCCUCCAGACUGGCUGAGUCCCAGGAUGCCGUGUGUCAGCUCAAACAGCUGGUGGAGAACCACGUUGCCUCUGAGAGAGAAAAGAACAAGAGGAUAGAUGACCUGUCACGGGAGGUGGGGAAGCUAAAGGAUGCCUUAAACAGCCUAUCACAGCUCUCUUACAGCUCUGGUUCCCCUUCCAAGAGACAGCAGCAAAACCAGCAGCUGGAGACGAUGCAGCAACAAAUCAAACAACUGCAGUACCAGCUGGCUGAGUCAAAGAAGCAGCACCAUGACAUAGUGUCAGUCUACAGGAUGCACCUCCUCUAUGCUGUCCAGGGCCAGAUGGACGAGGACGUCCAAAAAGCCUUGAAGCAGAUCCUGAUGAUGUGCAAGAUGCCAAGCCAAGCCAAGGAAGCCUGCUGAGACACACAGGGCCUGGUUUCCCAAAAGCAUGUUGUGACUUAAGUUAAGGUGAACUGCUGCUGUCAGCUGCAUCUGUCACCACAUGCACUCCCAUCCCAGUUCACACCCUUCUUGUGCUGAUUACAAGCAAGGCCAACACAUGGUGCCUCUGGAUAAACCUUGAGUAUUUGUAAAUGAGGAACAGGUUUACAAUCAUACGUUCACUGCCUUUGCUUUUGUCAUUUUGACCCAUAAAGAUCUAAAGGUCAUCAAUCUUAUGAUAGAAGAUGUUUUUGGGAAACUGCAGCCCAGCAUACUGUACAUCAGCCAACUGACCAUUCAAAUGAACAGAGUAGGUGGUUAUCUCCUGUGUACCAGCCAAACGUAAACUAUGUGCACGUAAAAACACUACACUGAAAAUGUGCAGUUACCUGCACACUCAUCAGUUCGAGUUUGAUGUGGUUUGUUUCUGUUACAACGUUCGCUUAGAAAAAGAGACGACUCAGUUGGCGCUGCUGUUGUUAGUAUCUAUUUUACGAUACAGUGUUACUUUUAUUUUACUUGUCUAAAUGUUUCAUGGUUGUCCACAAUUUCCUGAUACCAUCUAAAUUAUUUUGUGCCCCUGAUAACAAUGCAUGGGACUUUUCUCAGCGCCAGCCUAAAUCACACAAGAGAUGUUUUUUGGCCUCACUUCUAUGAAGAAAAGCAUGAUACUGUUUGUAUUGCUAUUUUCCUAUUAGCACAAACAUUUAUAAAAAUGUAUUUUACUGAACCGUAUUAUUUUGUCAUGUUUUCUAAGUUGCUGUACUUAAACGAAGAGUUUUGAUAGCUGUAUUUUUGAUGGCCUUGUUUUGUGUCCGUGUGUGUUUUAUCUGAAUGAGAAGCUUUUUCCUCCAAUAUAACAACGCACUAUUUGAUGUAGUGACACCAGAAUUAGUUUUAUUUUCCUGUUUGUAUUCAUAUUUUACAUAUAAGGGGUUUAGUGUAAUUGUUUACUGUAAUCAAAAAAAAAAAAUUCAGUUGUAACCAAUACCUAACAGUAUGGGCUCAAUAUUUUUGUCUUAAUGACUCAGAGGAAAGUUAGGAGGCAAGAUUUUUAGUUCUUACAUUUCCUCCUCUCUUGUUUAAUCUUUCAUUUUGUUCUAAAGUCUUUUGGUCUUUUCUUACUUGAAAAGCAUGCACAAUGUGUCGGCUGAAAGCAAAAUGUUGAGUUUAGCAUAAAACAUUUGAUCUGUUUCGAGUCACGUGCCUGCGUUUAAUAAUCCGACAGUAUUUUUGCGUUUUUGCAGAAUGAAUUACCGUCAAUAUCAAUAAAUCUCAAUUGUUACAGAAGCUAAUUUCAUCACAGUUCCUCAUCUUAUACAUUUUUACAGUUUUUUAGCCUUCUCUUUCAGUAUUCCAUUGUAGGUACGGACUGUACAGAGUUUGUGAAUACGUUUCAAAUGCAUUUCUUUGAGCAUGUUGUCUAGAGGCUUCUGAACUGUUUUCACAUCACACUCCUUUGCCUUAGUCCUGUACUUAGAGCCUUACACCCUUAGAUGUCACCUUUCUACCAGUUUUUGAGACUAUUCAAAAUGCACACAACACUAACACUGCUUAACUAGAGUGAGAUGAAAUGAAUCUGGAUCUGACUCACUGGAGAUAGUCCCACCCUCGUUUCUCACCCAGGGAACAUUUUUUUUUAACUGAAUAUAAUUUACACGUGACUGAGAUUUGUUAGUAGUGUCUUUGCAUGUUUAUCAAACAUCUCUCUCCAGGCCUUGACUGAAAUCUUUUGUACAAAGAAAGGGAAAAGAAAGAAACAACUGUUUUGUAGUGACAUGAAAAAAAAAGCUUUUGCCAAUUGCUUUUUUGCCCACAUUAAUAAAUUUCAAGAUACUGUA